AUGGUAUAUUUCAUUGACAUAUAUAAAUCUGGGGAGUUUAAGACCUACGACAACUUUGUUUCGUUAGUUGCAAAAUGUGUAUGGCAGAUAAGAGAUAAAGAUAGAAGAGGUAAAGUAUGGAACGGACAGAUAAAACCCGCAACUUUUGAGUUAAAGAAAACCAUUUACGCCUUAGUUGUUUUAGCAGGUAAGGUUUCAAUGUACAAUGCUAAAAUGAACCCACAAUGUUCAAAAUGUAAAGCAGCAAUGAAGAAAUAUAACUACUCCGUCAAAGAGAUAGAACGUAUGAGAAACGACUAUGCUGACUUAAAGAAAGAAGUAGAGAAACCAGCAGAAGAUAAAAUGGACAUGUUGACAUUUCUGAACAAAAACUAUCCAACAGCUGACGAUUUCCUUCUAUCUGAUGUCAAGAAGAAAUAUAAAGAAACAUUCGGCAUAGUUAAAACUUUUGAUAUCCUUCGUGAAGAAAUAGAAGCCACAAAACUGUUUAAAGUCAUGAACCAUCACAACAUAUACCAUGUAAAACGCUUAUAA